ACAGUUCCUAACAUCACACUCAAUAAUAGCUUGACCCUCAAUUCACAAUGAAAAGCUCCUACCAAACAUCAUCUACACAAACAAAUAAAUCACAAUCAACUAAUAUUGAACGAUCUCUUUCUAACGUUGCAUCACAUAAGCUAUACAGAAUAUUGCAACAACAUAGAAAAUAUACCAUUGAAAAAGCACCAUUUUGGAAUCUACCAUUGCUCCUAGAGGGGAUAAUUACAGAUUGAUGGGCAGGAGGAGGUGCCUCCUCAAAGAUUUCUGUGCCUAUCACUUGCUGGGAGAAAGCAAAGAGUUCCUAGGAGUUUCUUUAACUGGCUGGAUCAGUUCAUUUAUGAAAACAAGCAACUAACCCAUCAAUCUAUAAGCUAUUAGUCUCCAAGCGCAACAUAUAGAAAAAUACUUAUAAGUAUUUCUUCAGAUUUAGUAAAAACUCAGGCAAGUUUGUAAUGACCUCACAUUAUCCAAAUAAAUUAUAAUAAUUGCAUGACUAACCAUUUCUGCAUCUGUAGAGAGGUUUGUCUCCUACCCCUUUGUGUUGAGAAGGCCAAUGGAGGAUUUUGCUGUUUGGGGAUAUUAUACUGAUUCCCUGCCAAAAGCAAACAACUGAAACCCCAGAGCCAAACACUCCUGGUUCUGGGCAGCAUGCUCUGACCUCUAAUGGUCAGAUGCUCCUUAGCACUGACAGAGCAGCUUUUCCUGGGAGCUCUCCCAGCACUUUACAACAGAGGUAUUGAAUCCCCAUUUGACUGCUGGGCACUGAGCCAUGGAGGGGGGAGCGACUUGCUCAAAGUCCCACAGAAAAACCAACAAUGGACCCAGACGUCUGGACUCCCAAUCCCCUGGUCCAGUGACUACAACGGAUCACACUGCCUCUCAAAGGCAGGGGGACUGGACCUAAGGGCCUGGCUGCAAUUGCCAACUCUGGGAGGGAGUGUGCAGCAGUGAUUAGUGAAGGGGCUUGGAAAUAAGGACUGCUGGGUCUCAUCCAUGGCUCUGACACUUGGUGUGACCCUGAGCCAGUAGCUUCCCUUCCCUCCCCAUGCCUGUUCCCCCUCAGGAGGGUUGGGGUUCCUACAGCCUUCAUGAAUGUGUAUAAAGUGCUGGUAUGUCAGGUGUCGAGAGCCGUCUUCACCCCCGCAGUAGGGCAGGGUUCUGGACCCCUGCUGCUGGCUGAGUUUCUCUGUCCCUUGGCAAUAGGAUAGACUCUUGUUUUCACAGCCAGUCAAUUGCCCAGUGUCCACACCCUCCCUGCUGGCUGAGCAGGGUAAUGCCUCUGGGGAUCACCCUCUCCAGCCUGCCUUGGGUUGGAGAGUGAGGAAGAGGGUGAGGGACAGCUGUUGACACUGAACAUCCACCAUCCAUCGCUUCAUCACCUAGAGCAAGUAAGUGGCAUUUAGGGUUUCCUCUGUGGCUUCCCCUGUCUGUCUGGGGAGAAGCAGAAAUGGGGGAGAGAAUCUUUGCAAACAGUCCCCAGGAGGCCCUUGCUCUCAGACUGGGCCACAGGUUCCUUGCAGAGGCUUCUCAAGAGCCAUCUCCAGUUUCUCUGGAAAUGUCUCAGUAAUAGGGCUCCAGCCCUUCCCUUGUGGGAGACUGUUCCGCAGGCUGAGAAUCUCUGAGCUGGGCCAGGCUCUAUGAGCUGCUGUGGAAAUCAAUGGGAAACAGGGGCCCUGGGCUUCAUAUGACUAGGGAGGUUGUGAAUCUGACAUGGGGAAAGGUUUCCCAGGAGAAGUCCGGACUCCUGGGUUCUGUUCCUUCUCUCACCUGGGCGGAAGCGUGGCCUGGGACAGGACGAGGGGGCUGCUUGUCCACGCUAAUCAGUGGUCUUUGUGUCUGAUCGCACUGCUCUAAGAGUAUGAGAUUCCCUUGGUACUGCAGCACCAGGAGUGGCAGGGGGACCUUUGGGAGCAGAUCGUGUAAUGAGCUCCUGCCAGGGUGUGUACACCCCCUCUGGGGGGAGGAGGAGUUGCUCUGGCUGGGGCAAGAGGGACCAAAAAAGGCCCAUUAAUGAGAUGCUGCACUGACCCCAGACUCACGCCUGCUUGGUUCCACGAUGGCCAGGCUCCUGAGGAUGUUCAGGAAGAAGGCUCUGCAGAUGGCCUCAAAGCCUGAGGGAGGCAGCUGCCAUCUUCCUCAGGAGUAGAGCAGCCCCUCUGUCCCCGCUGGUGGGGAAGCAGCUCCCAGCCAGGCCAGGAGGAGGAAGUGUCUGGCCUUCUGGAGGAGGAAACCAGCUCCCAGUGCAGGCGCCAAGGGAGAGUGGCACUGGCCAGGCCCAAAUGGAGCUGGCCCAGGAUGCAGCUGGGCAGGCGGGACCAAGCCCAGGAGGGGAGCCAGGCAGGGUGGCUCUGGGGCUUCUUGUGUGGGAAGCACUGGCACCAGGAACCCAGCCCUGAUUCCCAGCAGGAGACAUUGCCCUGCCUGGUCACUGAGGACAUUCCAGCCUCCCCAGGGCAGGAGGUGGAGGAUCCCUGCUCCAGCACCACCAGCUCAGCUCACUCCCCAUGGGACAGCAGCAGCUCUUGGGAGUCUGGCAGCAGCGAGGCUGAUGGCUGCUGCUGCUUUGUUCCAGGGGCCCCCAGGGACUCAUUAGAGGAGGUGGAGAAAGGGCUGGGGAUGGCCAAAGAGGAAACUGCCCUCCAGGUCCUCAUGGAGCAGCUCCAGGGCAGAGAACAGCCCCACUCCUGGUGGGUACAGGAUGAGGCCAGGCAGCUCAGGUUCCUGCACACUAUCACCCCCUUUGUGCAUCGCUGCACAGCAGAGAGGGCAGGACACGCUGGAGCCGCACUAGUCCAAAGCAGCUGUGGUGGAGAGGAUUGUGCAGGAGGACAUCACAGCCAAGGUGAUGCGCCAGCUCCAUGCCAUCCGAUCCCUUCGCACGUGCCUGAGCCUCUACAGGAGCGCUGCCUGAUAGCAUGCCUGUGAUGGGGGGGUAUAAACCCCACACCUGGGCCAGGAGGGGUUAGAGAGCUGUCCUGGGCUUCUGUGAUCCUGUACCUGCAGAACCUGCUCCAGCUUGAGGAGUGUGGGGAAGCAGAGAAACCAGCACAGAAGGGGUUAAGGAGAGCCAGGAAUGGGCCUACAAUAAAUGGGCUAGGAUGUGACAGUUUAAACCCAGUGAUGGGGUUUGUUGUUGCUGCCAACCUCAGAGUCAAAACUGCUAGCCAGGUGGCAAGGACCAUUCAAGGCGGUAAAAAGAGCAGGGGCAGUUGAUUAUGAAAUCCGCCAUCCAAAGAAGAGAAAGGCGACAUGGGUAUACAACGUGAACCUGCUGGAAGGACCAAUAGAGCCUCCUUAUAAUGCCUUUUCCACCGGACCCUGAGCUCAGCCCACGAGUCCCCCUAAUCCAUUAUUCUGGCCCUAACAGAAACAGCAAAUACAACGGCUAAUCAAAGACUUUCCCUCAGUGUCUCAGCAAUGCCUGAAGAAAUCCACCAAGCCUACCAUCAUGUGGAUACCAAAGCAGGAAAAAAUGGUUCCUGAGAAACUACAACCCAUUUCAUGGAUGUUGUGGGAAACGUUCUGCAAAGAACUGCUGGCUGCGUUGGACCUAGGGGUCGUUGGGGAAUCCCCUAGUGAGUGGAGGAAUCCCAUUGUACUUGUGCUAAAGCUGAACGGAUCAACCCAUUUUUCCAUGGAUUUCUGGAAGAUAAAUGCACUAUUGAAAUUUGACCUGUAUCCUAUGUCUAAAGUAGAUGAGUCACUGGAGAGUUCAGUGGCCACCAAAUAUAUCUCCCCUUUGUCAGGUCAAGAGUGGGACUGGCAGAUUCCUUUGAUAUGAGUCACAGGAAAAGACCUUAUUCUCCACCCCAUUUGGCCAAUACCAAUUCAAGCCUAGGGCUGGCCUUAGUGGUGGGCAUCAUGGUCAGGGGGGUCAUGUGUCAAGAGGCAAAGGGCUCAAGCUGCUCCUCGCUCCCUGCAAGGUGCAGCACGGCACAGCAAGAGCGCCCACCUCCUCGCUCCCGGAUGGAGCCUGCUCUGAUCAUUACCCCACUGGUUUCCCAGCCUGACUCCUAGUCCCACCUCCGCAUGCUGCGAGCCAGCGGGCUCUCCCCCCCCCACGCUCGCACCUUCUGGGACUGUUCCAAGCCUGGGCUGUUCCUCCUUCCCACCAGCAGGCCAGUGAACUCUGUCCCCAUGCAGCGCAGCAGGCUGCAGCCCAGGAGGAAAUGCUGCUCACAAGGGCCCCACACCCAGCCCGGACAGCAGCAGGGCUCAGGGCCAGCCUUAUGCGUGGGUGACGUGGUCAAGAGGGAAGGAGCAGGGCUGGCCUAGGGAAUGAGGCACCUUGGGGCAAUGUGGGAGGAGGCAGCGGAACCCAGGGGCAAUGUGGGGGUGGGGAGCCCAGGGAGGUACUGGGAGCCCGGGGUGCCAAAAUACAAAUUCACCCAGGGUGCCAUUUUCCCGAAAGCCAGCCCUG